AUGCGCCCAUUGUCGUCUGCCGCUCUCCUAUCCGCGAUAGGAGCUGUCGCGGCGCAGGUUGGUCCUUGGGGCCAGUGUGGUGGGCAGUCAUAUACGGGUGGAACCUCCUGUGUAUCUGGAUGGGCAUGCGUGUUUUUGAAUGAUUGGUAUAGCCAGUGCCAGCCUGGUGCGGAAUAUACUCCCCCUCUGUGCGGUAGAAAUGAUAAUCCUAACAUAUUUCAAGCUACCACGACGUCAACAUCAGUCUCAGCGACUGCACCUCCUAGUAGCACGUCUUCCUCGACAGCAUCCGUGUCAUCCUCCACUUCAUCGACACCUAUCCCAACUAGCAGUGGCUCUUUUGUCAAGGCAGAAGGGCUCAAAUUUAACAUUGACGGCGAGACAAAGUACUUUGCCGGCACGAAUGCCUACUGGCUGCCGUUCCUCACCAACAAUGCAGAUGUUGACUCUGUUUUUGAUCACCUGCAGCAGACAGGCUUAAAGAUCCUGCGGACCUGGGGUUUUAAUGAUGUGAAUUCCGUUCCGAACCCCGGAACCGUAUAUUUCCAGCUUCAUGACCCAUCAACCAGCACCACGACCAUCAACACUGGCGCAGACGGUCUCCAAAGGCUCGACUACGUGGUAUCUGCGGCGGAGAAGCACGGAAUAAAGUUACUUAUCCCAUUAGUCAAUAAUUGGGACGACUACGGCGGCAUGAAUGCGUACAUCAAAGCGUAUGGCGGCAGCAAGACAGAAUGGUACACCAACUCCAAGAUCCAGAGCGUGUAUCAGGCAUAUAUAAAGGCGGUAGUUUCCCGCUACCGGGACUCUCCUGCUAUUAUGGCUUGGGAGUUAUCAAAUGAAGCUCGUUGCCAAGGGUGCAGUACUGAUGUUAUUUACAACUGGGCCACCAAAACCAGUGCAUACAUCAAGUCUCUUGAUCCAAAUCACAUGGUUGCCACAGGUGAAGAGGGCAUGGGGUUGACCGUCGACUCGGAUGGUUCCUACCCCUACUCCACCUACGAGGGUAGCGACUUUGAAAAGAACCUUGCCAUUCCUCACAUAGAUUUUGGAGUAUUCCACCUGUAUACCGCUGAUUGGGGCAUCACAGACAACAGCUGGGGCAACAGAUGGGUGACAUCCCACGCAAAGCUUUGUGAGGCUGCCGGAAAGCCAUGCCUGUUCGAGGAAUAUGGCCUUAAAGAUGACCAUUGCUCGGCCGCGGUCGUCUGGCAAAAGACCUCUUUGACUACUGCCGGAAUGGCUGCCGACUUGUUCUGGCAGUACGGGCAGACACUGUCGACCGGUCAAUCACCCAAUGAUCGCUACACCAUUUACUACGGCACCAGUGACUGGCAAUGUGCUGUAAUUGAUCAUGUCAGCCGAAUCUAG